UGCAACCUGUUCAACAGGUCGACGCAUUUAUUCUACCAGUAUAUAAGCUAGUAAAUAAUGUAUCCAACAAAUCAGUACAUGGAUCCAUAUUAUUCAUACUGCAGAGAUCAUCCUCCAUAUCCCUAUUACCCCCCACCUGGUUGGGAAGCCGGCCACCGGCAGAUGGCAAUGGACUCGUCAUGUCGCCCACCAAGCUAUGGAACUUUGCCUUACAGUGGUAGCACAAGUCACUCACACCUUCCGGAGUCCCAUAGCUGCUGCAACAAGACAUAUCCUCCUGGUUACUACAGUUUCAGACCCCCAUUUCCUCAAGAAUUUCCACCAUCUCAUCUGUAUUAUCAUGGUCCGUUUCCUCAUCACCUUAACACCUGUCCCUCAUACUUCGUUCCACCGCCACCGUAUCCUGUUGAUCAAAUGCCAUAUGAUUAUGGCAAGUUCAAGGGCCAUUGCUGUGGGUGUCCAAACCAUGUUUGCCAUGGGGGAGAGAAGAGCAACUUGAAAAUCGAAGAAGAGAUGCCUGAAGUGAAGCCUGACACUGAGCAGAAGGGUGCAAAUAAUUCCAGUAUAAUUGGCCACCCGAGUUACCAAUAUCCGGCGAUGCGGCUUCCGUUCGGAAACAUGAAAGAUCAUGUUAAGGGAAGGGGUUUCGAAGUGCCACCUCAUCUCUUCAGUAAAUGGCUUCCUCAGAGUGGGGAAUGGACAGCAGAUGGAAAAGAACGGAGCAAUGACAAUCAUAACGCAGGACAAUUACAGUGGCCAGUAAUUUGGAUGCCAAAAGGAUAUGAUGAGCCUAAACAAGAAACUAAAGAAUUCAAGGAGGUCGAUCAGAUCCCGAAGGUCAGUAAGAAAGCUCCACAUUCACCAGAUGUCAAGAUCAUUCCCCUGUCAUUGUUUGAAGAUGGCCAUAAUGAUCAGAAGCCUGAUCCUAGGGAUGGCUCUGGAGAACACAAUGGAAGGUCAUCAAUGAUGAAUCGGUCUGCGGGUGCUGAGCAUCAACAUGACACGACAGUGGAUAGAAAUUGUAAGACCAUUCCAGUUGUGCCGGGAGGGGUAAAAAAUGAGAAUAAACCUGCUGAGGAAAAUUGUAAGGCUGUUUCAGUUGUACCUGAUAAAGAGGGUGAUGAAAAGAAGGUCCAUACCUGCAGGACCAUCCCUGUUAUGGAUCAUCAGAAAAAGAAUGAUGAGAAGGCCAGCAAGGUUGAAAAGGAGGGAGAAAAUAAGAAAAGUAACCACGUUGGAACAUCAAAAGCUAAGCCUUCAAAGUUACCUCCUGUAUGCUUGAGAGUGGAUCCUUUGCCAAAGAAGAAAUCAAGAAACAUGUCUUCAGGGUCACUCAACCCAGCAACAAACAAGGUUUGCGAAAAGGAGAAUGAUACGAUAGAGGCCCAAAGGAAGAACCAGGAGACAAAGCUAUCAGGGGCUAACAAAGAGAGUAACAUGCCGGUGAAAGAAAAACCAUCUGAAAUGGAGAAAGGAAUAGGGUCUAGAAAUGUAAUAGUGCAAGAUGCUUGUGGGAAGCCUGCGCAGGAGGAAGACAUUUCUACGAAGGUUGAUCAGAAGGUGCAACCCAGCAUCAGUGUCAAAGCACAAGAAAAUACAAGUGACGGGAGCUUGCAAGAAUGUGACAAAAGAAUAGAGGAGGAUGAGAAGAAAUUCCAAGGCGAAGUUUCAAAAUCUGCCCGUGAAGUCAACUUAUCAGAACUUGAUGCGGCCGUUCGUAUCCAGUCUGCGUACAGAGGGUACGAUGUACGAAGAUGGAGACCUUUGGAGAAACUCCGGAAGGUCAAGAAAGUACAUGAUCAGAUGCAAGAUUUGAAGAAGCAGCUGCAAGGCCUUGAAGCUUCUUCGAAGCAGCUGACAGUGAAAGAGGAAGUCGCUAUCAACGAGACCAUCAUGAAUUUACUCUUGAGUCUUGACAGCAUUCAGGGUUUGCAUCCAAGUGCGAGGGAGGCAAGGAAGUCUGUAGCUCGAGAGCUAGUGUCUCUGCAGGAAGAGCUUGAUUCUUUUUGCAAGCAGCUACCUAGUGAGCCUAAUCACUUUAGGAGUGAGAAUGAGGAACCAGAUAGAACUGACAAUGCUAUACAAACUACAGCUCAUGUCUCAACAGCAGAAGUAUCUGAGGAAGCAAAAUUUGCAGGAGCUGUGGAAGAACAAGGGACAUGCUCAAUUAACUACUCGGAGAUGAUGAAUGGAGGAGCUUCAUCUGGAAUUCCCGAGCAGUUGAGGCAAGAUGCAAGUUCAACUGAACAGAAACAUGAAAUUAAAGAAUCAAGUACCAUACAUGAUGAAGGGAAAGCUGCAUUACCGGGUGAAUGUCAAGGAACAUCAUCGAUGGAUGCCCUGACAUGUGAUGCAGCUCUGUCGGGACAUUCCACAGAUCAGAAGCACCACAUGGAAGAAUCAAAUACCAUGUCAAUGGAAGAACUCCCUGAAAAAGAGAAAGCCGCAGCAAAGGAUGAAGGACCUGAAGUAUCUUCAUCAAAUUGUGCCGUAUCAUUGCUAGAUAAAUCUGUAUCAGAGGAAUCGAGUACGCUGCAACAAUGCUGGGGUUCCACUGAAUGUGGUAGUUGUACUGACGAAUUAAAUACAGGGGUUUCUUCUCCUGGUGCCACUGAGGACGGUACAGCUGCAACGGCCACAUUCUCUAUGCAAAGCGGAGCGUUAGUUGAUAAAGAUUGUGUGGCGGAAGGUCCAGAAAGCUCAGCGCUGAAACCUGCUGCUGCUGCGACUGAAGAUGAUCAAUACAAAGAAACAAGUGCUCAGUUUGAUCAGCAUCCCGUACAUCUGAAGGAUCCAGUGCUACAUGAGCAUGAUCCGCGUCUUUCGUCCGUAGCAUUCAGCCCAGGAGAUCAACCAGAAGAAGCCAUGGAUGCCAGCACGCAGAGCCAAGUUGAUACUAUGCAAGAUUCAUCAACCGGAGGACCAGAUGGAACACCAGAGCUUACGGCGGGUGAUAACAGUACUAUGGACUGUGUUAGCACCGUAGUUUCAGAGAACCCAGUGCAAUCUUCCUUGCUUGAAGAAACGCCGCAGUGCGACUCUGCUCUGCAAGAAUCUGGGUUGCAGGAAUCGGAGGCGGUUAAGCAAUGUGAGGUUUCUCACGAGGACGAUCCAGCGCUUGUGGAUCAGACAAAUGAGUCUCAUCUGGAGAGACCGAUAGGAGGUUCUUGUACUGAAGAGAAGGGUGAAGCUUUAUCGUCAGAAAACGAAGCCAAGACCGUGGAAAGUACUCUGCAUGUCGCAGGAGCACCGAGUAACAUGUGUGCUGAACCUGUCCUGCUUGAAAGCGUGAGCGACGAGUCACCGUGGCAUCAAGAUGGUACCAUGUCCCAUGAGAAUCCUGACUCCAAGAUGUCAUUGGAGAGCCAAGGCCACCCUCAGAAUGAGGAUCUCAGCGGAGAUAAAACAAGCGAAUGCAACGAGACGCUGGAGGAAGCUUCAGUAUGUGAAACAGGAACACCUGGCGGAGAACCUCAAUCUGGUGACCCAAAAGAAGAUGCCGCAGUCCAGAUGGCUUCUGAGGAAGCUGCUGCUGCUGUUUCACACGAAGCUGUGAAGAACGACGAGAAGAAUCUGGCCGACGAAAACCUGAAGCUGAAGGAGAUGCUGCAGAAGCUCCUAUCGUCCGGCAACGAUCAGAUGGGGAUCAUCACGGAGCUGAGCGAGAAGGUCAGGGCGCUCGAGGCGAAACUCGCGCGCAAGAGGAGGCCAAAGGUAAGGGUGCGGAGAACAGCCAGGAAUGCGACGGACAACCUCCACUGA